AUGUCACGUUCCUCAAGAAAUUCUCCGAGGGAUUUUCAAAGUGAGUUCAAAGCUUCUUCUUCUCAUAAUCGGAAGCGAAGGUCCGAACCUGUCCGGAGGAUCGAUGACGCUUCGAAACGGAGACGAACAGUCCCUGUAGUUGGGGAGGACAAGAGUAAUACUACUCAGCCUAUCAGCUUCAAAGAAUUGGAAAGAAUCUGCAGAGAGCCAUCGGCUUUAAAGCUGAUUAGCAAAGCGGAGAGGUUCGAGGCUCUGUUGGCCUCAGAGAAGUUAGACAACGAGGAAUCGAACCCUGUCUUUCUAAAGCUGGUAAUAUCUGCUUUUCAUCUUCUAUGCUCAGCGAACAACCGUGACCUCAUCUCUAAAAAUGUCGACAGGUUAUUAUGUUCCCCCACAGCGAAGAAUUUCAUUACAGGGACGGUUCUAUCGAGUUUCAUCAACAAACUGCCUCAUUCUAACCACUGGAAAGACGAGGAAGAACUUGUUUGCACAGUGAGUAACCUGACAGAAAUUUUUGUCGCAUUUCUUCAGAGAUUUGGUAAUGACAUAGUUCACAAGCUACUGCUGCCACAGCUUAGAAUAUCGCUCAAUGACCUGAAAGAGUCGAACCUGGUCCAAGAUUUCGAUCAUCUUGAGAAGAUGAUCCAGCAAUUAGAAGAAUUGAGAAAAGAAGUCAUUCGGAAUGCAAAAUGUGAAAGUGAUCAGAAUUCACAAUGUGAGCCACCAGAAAACUUCAAAAAGUUGAGCAUCAUUCCUCAAGUAGACGAUCUAAUUGCCAGACCUUUCCUUCGCGAAAACAUCACCGACAAAAGGUUUAAAGACUUGGACCACUAUCUAGAUGUACAGUUUCGUCUUUUGAGAGAGGACUUUCUGAAACCGCUUCGUGAUGGAAUACAACAACUGAAAACAAGCAAUGCCCUCGGACCUAAUCAUGAAAACAAACGCAAACGCGCCAAUGACAUUCAUGUUUAUUAUGAUGUCACCAUCCAGUUCCCCGUAUGUGGCAAAAGAAGCCGAGUUUACAAAAUCGGGUUUGACUCAAACCAUCGAAAAGUAGCACAAGUGAACUGGAAGCGAAGUAAUCGACUGAAGUAUGGAACACUUCUAUGUCUUUCAGCAGACAACUUCAAUACGCUGGUUUUCGCUACAGUAGAAAAUUCAGUUUCCGAGGAACUUAAAGAAGGACGAUUAGAGGUACGUUUCGAGAACGUUAGCUCGGAGGAAGUGAAACAGUUCGUUCAAGGAAAGGAGGUAUUUGUCAUGAUAGAGUCUCCAGCCUAUUUUGAAUCCUACAGACACGUGCUUGAAGCUCUCCAGGAGAUAAAUUCCAAGUUUCCUUUCCAGAGGCAGAUUGUGGAGUGCUGCAGGGAUGUUGAGCCACCUGAGUAUCAAAUAAACGAGGAAAACAACGGCAAUUAUAAGUUUAAAUUCGAUGGUGUCUUGGUUACAAAAAGUGAGGCGCAUCCAGAACGUUCUGAGUUGGUUGAACAGUAUGAUUCCCGAUCUUCCAUGGAAAUUGUGCCGGAUUCCUCGGCCGGUGUGGAAGUACCUGUGGAGAACGAAAUCCAUUCAGCUGUAGAAGUGUGUAAGUGCACCCCGAACGAACAUUGUUGGCCAGACAGGGAAAGCCUCGGGCUCAAUGAAUCGCAGAUGCGUGCAUUCAAAAUGGCGCUGACCAAAAGGUUUGCUGUAAUUCAAGGACCGCCAGGGACUGGGAAGACAUACGUGGGUUGGAAGAUUGCACGUGUUCUUUUGCAAACCUUUCUCUUGGCGGAUGAGGAGGAUCAGACACCAAUCUUGAUGGUGUCCUACACAAAUCACGCCUUGGACCACUUUCUGGAAGGACUCUUGUCAACAACGACAAGUUUAAUUCGUGUUGGUGGCCGGAAAAUAAGUAGACAACUUGAAAAAUAUUCCUUGAAGAGCCUUCGUAGGAAAAUGCAUCGGAAAAAAGUGGUUCCAGAUGAAAUUUUCGAAGCCAGAUUGAAGACUGAAAGUGACACCGCGACGCAAAAAGUCUUCUCUGAGAGAUCAUUCGAUAUUUUACGUAGUCUGAGGGCCGGCGUAGUGUCCAUGAAAGUCCUUGGUCAUUCUGAUUAUGUGCGUCGAGCGCAUUACUCCCAACUCAGUAAAGAAGCUGGACCAGUAUCAAUUAACGAAGCUCUUCUUGACUGGUUGCGAAUUAAAAGGCGACAUAAACGUGGACGAGAAUUCCCUCUUCACGACGAGUUGGAGGAAGAAGGGUAUGGCGACGGCUACGGUGUAGCUUUUGACAACGAGCCUUUUGAUGACAAAGAUCUGGACAAAAUGGCUCAUAAAAUAUCCAUUCUCUCGGUUGAAGACGCUGCUUACCCUAAGGAAGUAAAACGAAAUCUUUUGAGUGAAGAACUCAUGACAGAAGACGAGGAGAUUCAUCUUGAUGAUAUAUAUGGGUUAAAAACAGAAGAUCGCUGGAGGCUUUACAGGCUGUGGAGAAAGAGGGCGGAGGAACAUCACAACGAGCUCUUCCUAACGAGGCAAGGCGAGUAUGAAGAAGCCAUAGAAAGAGAGCAGGAGAUCACCAGAAAGGAAGAAUACGAAAUUCUGCGCAAGGCGUGUGUUAUUGGAAUGACGACCACGUGUGCCGCAAAAUACCGCAGUAUUCUCAAUAUGAUCCGUCCCAGGAUCGUUAUAGUCGAAGAAGCCGCAGAAGUAUUGGAGGCUCACAUCAUUGCGUCUCUGACACCAGGCUGUCAGCAUUUAAUUUUGAUUGGUGAUCACCAACAACUAAGACCCACUCCCGCAGUCUAUGAAAUGGCUAAGAAGUUCAAGCUGGAUGUGUCCCUCUUUGAGCGAAUGGUAAAUGUCGGAGUACAAUGCGAGAUGCUCAAUGUACAGCAUCGUAUGAGACCUGAAAUCGCUGCUCUGAUGAAACACAUUUAUGACGGUCUCGAGAAUCACGAGUCAGUGGAGAGAUAUGAAGAUAUAAAAGGAAUGAAGAAGAACAUGUUCUUUAUCAACCACAAAUAUAUGGAAGAGUCUAUUAAUCAGUCGCACAGCCACGUAAAUAAACACGAGGCCGAGUUUUUGGUCGCGCUAUGUCGAUAUUUAUUACAGCAAGGAUACGAAGCCCAUCAAAUUACCCUGCUGACAACCUACACGGGGCAGAAGUAUGCCAUCAGAGACUGCCUCCAAAAAGAUGAGGAAUCAUUGCGUAAACUUGUCUGUCAAACAACAACAGUUGACAACUUCCAAGGUGAAGAAAACGACAUCAUCCUGCUGUCUCUUGUGCGCAGUAAUAAAGACGGGAAAGUCGGAUUCAUCAAGAUUAUGAACAGGGCGUGUGUUGCUCUCUCGCGUGCAAGAAAGGGUUUGUACUGCGUUGGAAAUUUUGGCCUUCUCUCAAAACAUAGUGACAGUUGGAAGAAGAUUGUUGCAGAUUUGAAAGCUAGUGGGAGUAUUGGAAGCGCCUUGCCCCUCGUUUGUCAAAUCCACAACGACGAAGUCAGCGUUAAAGUCGCCGAAGAUUUUAGCACAAAAGUUCCCAAGGGAGGAUGUCAGCGGCCAUGUGGGGUUCGUCUGAAAUGCGGUCAUGCGUGUACGUGGGCAUGUCACCCUUAUGAUAGAGAUCACGACGAAUUUUUCUGUAAGAAACCGUGUGAAAGGAAAAGGGCAAGCUGUGACCAUACGUGCCCAAAGCGUUGCUGGGAGUCCUGCGAGCAACUUUGUGAUAUAAUGGUUGAGAAAGAGUUGCCGAUCUGUAGUCACACUACGAAGGUAAGAUGUGACACUAGUCCAAUGAUGAUAGAAUGUAAAGAACCGUGUGAGAAGGUCCUUCUAUGUGGCCAUAGAUGUCAAAGCAAAUGUGGAAAACGCUGCACGAAGAGGUGUCUAGAGAAAGUUGAGAAAACAGAUUGGCCUUGUGGACAUGAAGUCACUAUCGCCUGCUCGGCAACUUCUGCUGAUUGUCCUCAGCCUUGCGGAGCCACGUUAGAAUGUGGUCACACGUGCUCUGGAACUUGUGGCGAGUGUCGCAUGGGUAGUUUUCACAAAAGAUGCGAGAAAAAGUGUGGUCGUGUCCUAAUCUGUUCCCAUUCGUGCAAGUCGUGGUGUAGAGAGUCGUGCCCGCCUUGUACCGCGAAGUGUGAGAGCCUGUGCGUCCACAGUAGAUGCACGAAAAAUUGUGGAGAGCCAUGUACACCUUGCCGCGAGGAAUGCCCUUGGAAGUGUCCUCAUCACGUUUGUACCAAGAAGUGCAGUGAGAUGUGUGACAGACCAAGAUGUAACGAGCCAUGCGACCAAGUCAUGUCUUGUGGCCACGUUUGCUGUGGUUUGAAGUGUGAAGAAGAGUGCAUUUGUGCUGAGUGUACUCCAGUAAGAGAGAUUGUCUUCGGGACGGAGGAGGACGAAGGUGCUCGGUUCAUUAAGCUUCAAGACUGCCAGCAUGUCUUUGAAGUAACUGGCCUGGAUAGGUGGAUGGACAAAGACGAUGACGUGAUUGGGCGAAAGCAGUGUCCGCAAUGUAGGACCCCAGUCCGCACGAGCCUGCGAUACGGAAAUGUUAUCAAACAGCAGCUACACGAUAUCGAGCGAGUGAAAGCAAAACUGAUAGGAGACAAGAUGUUAUUGGACAGGAAGAAAAGGAGCCUGUUCGUUCGUGCGAGUGAGAUGUUGAAGGUGGUUGAUCAAAGUGUCAAAGCGUACUUGGAAAAACGGAAAGACAGUAUAUGGAAAACAAUGAAGAAUGAGACGAUGGCCACGAUAAUUGAAAAUCAGUUGAUGCUAAUUCAGCGUUUGCAACCGACAGGAGAGAAAAUACAAAGACAUCUCAGAACGGUGUCUCCUGAGAACAGCUCUGAAAAGAAGUUGCAGCGCCAGCAGUUUACCGAGGCACUAAGCUGCCUAAAGAAACGGCUUCUGUCUGACGAGGUAGGGCUUUUAGAGUUACAAGACAUCAACACUGAAUUCUCGAAAAUUAAUCUUCAACUGGAGCUGUAUUUGCUGAAGCGCGAAAUUAGGAUCCUGAAAGUGGAGUUAGACGAACCUUCCCACGGAAUGAUGACUGCGAUACAAAAGGAACUGUCCAGCGGCCAACACAUAGCAGACGAAGAACUGGAUAAACUAAUGAAUGACAUUGCAACUAUAAGGACAAACAAUCCCUGCUUUAAACCAUUUACGCCAGAAGAAAAAAAACAGAUCGUGUCCGCCAUGAACCUUAAACCAGGUCAAUGGUACAAAUGUCCCCAGGGACAUAUCUACGUCAUCACCGAGUGUGGCGGCCCUAUGCAGAAAAGCACAUGUCCUGAUUGCGGAUCCGUGAUUGGUGGAGAAAAUCACAGACUGGUAGAGGACAACCAAGUGGCGUCUGAGAUGGAUGGUGCGAGGUACCCGGCCUGGUCUGAACAGGCGAAUUUAGCUAACUAUGGAAACUUAGAUGAAAUAGUUUGACUUUUUUGAUGCUGACAAAGCUCAUUUAGAUUGAGCGUCGUUGGAUGAAAACCGUGUUUAUUACUAUAGCCAUUCAAAACAAAGGAAAACAAAAAGGCUACAUGCCAGCGCGCACGCAAAUUAAAAGCGCGGGAAACGCAAUUGAUUACGUCGCGACCGGUUUUAGUUUUGCAUCUGAUUGGUUAAGAUGUUAGCACGAGUUUUCUAGAUCAAUCCAAGAGCGAGGUGGAGCAAAAGCACUGUAGUCCCAGAUCACCUCUGACACUCAAAUGGAAUUGAAUCAUUUACAAAACAAUGCUAUUGCUUUAAAUUAUAGCUAUAGAUAGUGAUAGGCUAAGAAAUGUUUUUAAAUGACGAACAUGUUUCAGCAAUAGAUUUUACUUGGUAACUUGUAUGGAAUAUUUUACGCCGUGACUUCAAAGCUCGUCUGAUUUUGACCGUAAGUAACAAAACUUGAUGUACUUAUUUGCAACAGCUUGUUAUUAUAGUCUUUUUUUUUUUCACCUUAUCUUUUUCUACCUACAAUAAUCGAGGCCCUUUAAUGAAAAGAUGAGAAAUUUACCAUCUCGAUUCACGUGAUCAUUGGGCAAAAGCAUCACACAUCGACAUUCCUAUCCUAGCAUUAUACAGAAAGUUUGUUACCAUGGACCUGGUUAACAACUUAGCCUAGCAUGAGUCCCCUGUAGCUAGGCGGUAGAGUGUCCGAUGUACAAAUUAGAAGUCGUAGGCUUUUUAUUCUUCGAUACCGCCUCCCGGUUAGCUCAAUUGGUUAGAACUCCGGACUGUUGUGCGGGAGGUCGAGGUCGA